AUGCCAUUCAACAAAGAUCGCCUUUACCACUGGGCCUUACACAUCGGACCCAAACAUUCCACCGCUCAGAGUCUAGGAGUACGCUAUCACGCAAAAGAGCGACUCACCGUGGAAGGGAAGUCCGAGUUCAUCUUCGAAGAGAGCGAGGUCUCCCCGCAGAUGGUGCUUGUGUGCGUCGCGGUUGCGAAGAUCCUGAACAAAGACCGUACAGUGAAUAUUCUCCGCGAUACAGCUAUCGGCCAGGACUCACCCGGGUGGAACUGUGUGUCUUGGGUCCAGGAAGCCCUGCAUGCGCUGAAUGUCGAUUCACGAGCCCUGGGUGCGCGGAUACCAGACUGGGAGAGGGUGCGCGAUGCGGUGAUGGUGUAUUGCCAACGGAAGAAGGACCAGCAUCGAUUUAAUGGGAAGGGGAAUUUUGAUAAGAGUGUUGUUCCUACGUAG